GGGAGUUCAUUCUCGUCGAUUUCUUCAGUAUUCAGCUCAAGAUGAAGUUCGGUGUUGUGGCCUGUGUGUGUCUCGCCCUUUUCGUCGGUGCCUUCGCGGCUCCGGCGGAAAAGAUCGUCGGUGGCGAGAACGCCGACAUUACCGAGUUCCCUUACCAGGUAUCCCUGAGACUAAGGGGCAAAGGUCACUUCUGCGGUGGUUCGAUCAUAAGCGAGAGGCACAUCCUCACUGCGGCUCACUGCGUCGACGGUAUCAUAACGCCGCUGCUUAAGAAUAGGUUCUCCGUUGUCACCGGUACCACCACCUCAUCCGGAUCGAGCGGAAAGAGCCACAAGAUCAAGAGCACUCACAUUCACGAGGGCUACCUCGGAACCGACGAGUCGUCCUACAAGAACGACGUCGCCGUCAUCACGCUCGCCGCGCCGAUCAAGUUCGAUGCUAAGCAGAAAAAAAUCAACCUGCCCACUAAGGACGUCAGUCUUGGUGACAAGGUGAUGGUGAGUGGUUGGGGAAUCAAGAAAUACCCAUCCGAAAUCGUCGCCGCUACUCUGCAGAAAGCCUCGAUGAAACUCAUUCCCAGCAGCCAGUGCGAGCAGUUCCUGUACCCUCAGACUCUCUACUCGACGCAGGUCUGCGCCAUCCAGGCGCAGAAGAAGGGAGUCGGUGUCUGCUCUGGUGACAGUGGUGGUCCCUUGGCUGCCGACAACGAAGUGAUCGGUAUCGCUUCCUGGGUCGUCCCAUGCGGCAAGGGUUUCCCUGACGUCUACACCAAGGUCUACGCCUUCAAGGACUGGAUCAAAAACAUCAUCGACAAGGAAUAAGCCGAUUCACUCAAACGUUAGAUAGCAAAUUGUUGUAUUUAUUUGUUAAUGUUAUGUUUGUUAAAUACCGAUAAGCUAUAUGUUUUAUUGGUAUGAACGGAUAAUGUGUAAAUAAACACCCUUUUAAAUGAAAAAUAUUACGUGUCUAUACAUCUCAUUACUUAUAUAACUGACGGAAACUUAUAGACUUCGUCAUGAGCGACGAUA